AUGGACAUUGGGAAGUUCCAGGGUGCGACAUGGAUGCUGGGAGCGGGUGCUGGUGCGAUUCGGGUGCUGGGAACGGGUGAUGGUGCUGGGAGCGGGUGGUGGGGUGAUGCGGGUCCUGGGGGUAACGCGGGUACUGUUUGCUGGUUCAGAGAAGAUAAAAAGCCAAAUAUUCAGCUUCUACAAAUCCGAUCCACAAAAAUGCCUCCUAUCCGAUCCAAAAGAAUACCACCCCCCAAAGCAUACAAAAAGGCCAUCAAUGAAAUUGCUAUCUAUAUAACUAGCAAACCCUCUCUUCUGCAGAAAAUCAGAGAUAAUAAUAUUGAUUCUCUUGUUUCUUCUAUUAAGAGAGAGUACUGUAAUGUUGCCGAUGGAGUUAACGAUGGUAUUUUCAAUGAUCUUGCUGCCUUCCUCAACCACCCCAAACAAAUGAAGGAGCCGAGUAGCUAUGCAGAGCUGAGAGCAGCGAUGAAGCAGAGGAAGGAGGAGAAGGAAAGAAUUAAAAGAAUUAGAAGAACUAAGGCUUCAUCUGUGGAGGAGUGUAACCUUAAAGAGUAUUGUGGGCGCUCAGAUGGUGCUGAAAAGGAAACAAGUUCAAUUACAAAGGAUUUUCGGUAA